GUCGAGUCCUUGACUGCACUAACUAUAUAAAGUGAAACCGUCGACUAGUAAGACUUGAUACUCAUUCAUUUUUGUUAGAGUCAAGAUGAUGCUCAAACUUUUUAUCUUCAUCGCACUAUGCGUGUCACUUACUAUAACUCAAGAUAUUAGUUUACCUACCUCAGUGAAAACGUGUAAACGAAAUUCAGAUGACUAUUCGUCGUGUCUUAGGCUGGCAAUUCAAGAGUCAUGGCCACUCUUUGUGCAAGGUAUUCCUGCUUUAAAUAUGCCUCCAUUGGAUCCUCUUUCAACGGAUUUCAUGAUGAACGAUUUCAAUUUUGAUGGAGUAUCUGGAAAGUUUGUAGUGCGCAAUGCUAAAUCUUACGGAUUAGCAAGGACCCGUUUCUUGUCAGUACGACCAGCACAUGCUGGUGCUCGUUUUAAGCUUGAAAUUGACAUGGAAAUUCCUACAAUUUUCGUGGAAGGAGGUUUCAAGUCUGAUGGAAAAGUUGGAUCCUUCAAUGUUGUUGCAACCAAAGGACAUUUCAACAUCAGUAUGGAAGAUCUCCGUGCUACUUUGAAGUUGGAAGGUCCAGUAGUGAAUGAUAGAUGGGAAGUUCAAACAUUCUCAUUUAUGCCAGAGGUUGGCAAGAUGAAAAUUUGGGCUAGUGAUUUGUUCAAUGGCAAUGAAGAACUUAAUAAAGCCGCACUUACCUUCAUAAAUGAAUUCUGGAAAGUCCUGUAUGAAGGAAUGUUACCUACUGUUUCAAAAACUUGGAACAAUUACUGGAGAGAUUUUGUUAACGAAUAUAUUUUCUCAAAAAUUUCAUUUUCGAAAACUUUUCCUUGAACAAAUGUUAUUUUUUUGAUUUUAUAUACAUUUAAUUUGUAAAAAAUAAAUAUACUGUUAUUAUAUUAUGACCCA